AUGACGGACGAGGCGCUGGACGAAGAAUUCGAGGGCGACAGAGCAGAGCUCCUCGCUAUGCGUGCCGACUUUGACGAUGCAUGCAACAAGAUGGUGGAGUUGGGCGGUGGCAAGUUGCAUUUCCUCGGGGAAAAGCCAGCGCCGGGCGACAAUGUCUACCUCAUAGACCUCCCCGACUCAAGUGUUAUCAUCCGCCUUUCCGACGGCGGACUUGAGAGAGGACAUCAAUUCCUCCUCGACUUCGUCGACCGCGACUCACGGAAACCCGACCAUAUGCCACAAAGCUACGCUAUCUGGCGACUCUACAAUGGCCCCUGCUCACCGGCGAUGCACCAACUCAUGUCGUGGGAAGCUGCUAUGGGCAUGCCCGAAGACCAGAUCGCGCCCGGCGAGCAAAGGUUCAGCGUGAUCGAGGGCGUCACUUACAGAGUUGAGUAUCUCGGUGCUACGCCUGUGGAGUUCACGGUCCCGGAGCGGCCGAGGGCCGGCCCUGCUGUACAUAUUGUCCCUCUGGCCACGACAGCCAAGUAG